AUGAAUUUGCAGACCCAGGUGCUGGUUCCAGAGACGCAAGUGGUAGCCAAUAGCUAUACUGUCUACACAUUUGAAAUGAUUACGAAAAACAGCGAAGGAAGCACGAUAUUUCAGAAGCAAGUUAAGAAAAGGUAUUCAGAUUUUGUUAAAUUGGAGAAAAACCUUAGAAAUGAGCUAUCAGAGGAGGAGUUGCCUUAUUCGUUACCUCCAAGGACCAGCAUAUUUCAAAGAAAUGCCUCGUUAGACUCUACUGUGACAAAGCAAAGAAAAAUUGAACUAGCUCGGUUUUUGUAUGAUUUACUUAAUGAUUCUUUUGAUACGAAAUGGAGGAAUUCAGAAUCAGUUAAGUCCUUUCUUAGUCUCCCCACGAACUGGAAUGUCAUUUUGCAAUCAGAUAAUGGUGGUGCGGCCUCUGGAGAUCAUUGGAUGAGCAAAUUCAGGGAUUGCAAGAAUGCCUUGGAACAAUGUAAAUCUAGCCACGAUACUGCGGCUUUGAUGCAUUUGAGACUGGACAUCAAGGCCUUAGAUGAGGAGAUAUCUGCUGAUUCGGUGACAUUGACUUCAGCGGAGCUACGUAGGAGAAAGAACCUCCUAGGAACUAUGAAAAAUGAUCUUAACGAAUUAUCGCUCCAAACUACCUCAGAGAAACUGGAAAUGCCUCAAGAAGUAACUUCCCAACCAUUUAUUAAACGAUCUUCUACCCGUAAUUUCUGUGCAUCUCCGAGUAUGUCGAAUGCAGAGCUUUUACAACUACAAAAGGACACUACAAAGGAACAGAACCAAGAUUUGGAUCAAUUGAGAGAAGUACUUGGAAGACAGAAAACACUAUUAGUGGAGAUGAAUAAUGAACUAGCGCAACAAAAUGAAUUGCUGGAUGGGUUCAACAAUGACGUUGACGUCACUGCAAAUAAAGUGAAGAAAGCUACAAAUAACACUAAAAGAUUUAAUGAUAGACUAUAA